AUGGGAGGCGAUCAAUGGCCUAUUCCUCAGAUUGAAGAAUCACAUGAGCUCUUCUGCGAUGAUGUAAUGAGAUGUACAACAAAUGACAAGCUUUUCGAGAAGUAUAACAAUCUCUGCGAUCAAGAUCGCGAGACAAUUAAAAAUCAUUUCCUCAACAAUCAGAAAUGCAGAAUUCAGCAUACAUCGGGCUUCAAAUUCAAGGGUGCCCAAGACCAAUUAAUCUAUCUUGUUUAUUCUGUUUACAUUUUCAAUGGUGAUGAUGAACGUCCACAGGGCAGAACAAGGAGAAUGAGAAUAACUCAACUUGAUGUCAAAUAA